AAACCACUGUUUACGCCCCUGACCUCAAACAUACGCACAAAUUAUUUGUUUAUUUUGUGGGUAAUCCUCAGCCUAUUUAAUCUCUCACCAUCACAAAGUUUUCUUUGAUCAAUUACAAUAACAAUACCAACAAUUUGUAUUAUACAAGUUGAGAUACAGUUGCCCUUCGUUUUUAACGGUCACAACAACCCUCUUCUGGGGCGUUCUGAUACGCAGGAACCCGUUUUUGCUGUGUGUGUAUACUAUAGAAGGAAGGAAUUUUUCUUGAAUAGGAUUGAAUUGAAUUUGGAUAAACUAAAAAAUGGCGGCAGCGGGGGCGAACGGGCCGAAUAAAGUGGAGAGAAGAGCCGGAGGAAUCGACGGCCCAACCAAUCCAAUGGUGACACCUCUGUUGACGGAUCUCUAUCAGUUCACCAUGGCCUAUGCUUACUGGAAAGCCGGCAAGCACAAAGAACGCGCAGUGUUUGACUUGUAUUUUCGGAGGAAUCCCUUUGGCGGGGAGUAUACAGUUUUUGCUGGUCUGGAAGAGUGCAUAAAGUUAAUUGCUAACUUUAGAUUUAUGGAGGAUGAGAUUGCUUUUAUCAAAACAUCCUUACCUUCCUCAUGCGAGGCUGGCUUCUACGACUAUCUUCGAGGAAUAGAUUGUUCUGAUGUGGAGAUACAUGCUAUUUCUGAAGGAUAUGUUGUAUUCCCGAAGAUACCAUUGAUGAGGAUUGAAGGGCCAGUAGCUGUGGUUCAACUGCUUGAAACCCCACUUGUUAAUCUCAUAAAUUAUGCAUCAUUAGUUGCGACGAAUGCUGCAAGGCAUCGUUUUGUUGCUGGGAAGUCCAAACUUCUUCUUGAAUUUGGGCUCCGACGGGCACAGGGCCCUGAUGGGGGUAUAGGAGCAUCAAAGUAUUGCUAUAUGGGCGGCUUCGAUGCCACAAGCAAUGUUGCUGCUGGGAAAUUAUUUGGAAUACCACUUCGAGGAACGCAUUCUCAUGCCUUUGUCAGCUCAUUUAUGAGCCCUGAUGAGAUAACUGAGAAGUCACUUCGGAGUUGUGAAGGCUCAAAAGUUUGUGAAGAUUUUGUUAGUUUGGUGCAGACAUGGUUAAACAAAUUGAAGUGGUCGCAAUUAUUAGGUGGAAUUUUUGGUGAAACAAACCAAAGUGAGUUAGCUGCUUUUGUCUCAUAUGCUCUUGCCUUUCCGAAGAACUUUCUGGCCCUUGUUGACACUUAUGAUGUUAUGAGAAGCGGUGUUCCCAAUUUUUGUGCAGUUGCUCUGGCUCUGAAUGAUUUGGGGUAUAAAGCAGUAGGUAUUAGACUGGACUCUGGUGAUCUUGCCUACCUGUCGUGUGAGACUCGGAAGUUUUUUCAGGCUAUCGAGAAGGAAUUUGGAGUCCGAGAUUUUGGUAAGACAGGCAUUACAGCGAGUAAUGACCUCAAUGAAGAAACUUUGGAUGCUUUAAACAAACAGGGUCAUGAAGUUGAUGCAUUUGGAAUUGGAACACAUUUGGUUACAUGCUAUGCUCAACCUGCACUUGGUGUUGUUUUCAAAUUGGUCGAAAUAAAUAAUCAGCCUCGCAUCAAACUUUCGGAAGAUGUUUCAAAGGUCUCAAUUCCAUGCAAAAAAAGAUGCUAUAGACUAUAUGGAAAGGAAGGUUACCCUCUUGUUGACCUUAUGACGGGGGAAAAUGAACCACCUCCUAAGGCAGCUGAACGAAUUUUGUGUCGCCAUCCAUUUAAUGAAUCCAAGAGAGCAUAUGUGGUACCACAGCGUGUUGAGGAGCUUAUGAAGUGUUUUUGGCCUGGGAGAUCAGGAAAAAAGAGAGAAGAGCUACAACCCCUAAACGUGAUUAGAGAACGGUGUAUUAAACAACUGGACCAGAUGCGACCAGAUCACAUGAGAAGGUUGAACCCGACACCUUACAAGGUUAGCGUGAGCGCAAAAUUAUACGACUUCAUUCAUUUCUUGUGGCUGAAUGAAGCACCUGUGGGGGAGUUGCAGUAAAAACGCAGUGAGGUCAUAUACAAAGGCAGAUGAAGUGACAAAAAUAAACUGAGGAUCAAGUCCUUGCAGCUCCCAAAGUAGAAUCAUCGAGCAUAGAUGCCUCCAUGUUUUCUUGCAAAAUCUGGCUGGAAACGAGAAUGGAUUAUCCCGAACAGUCUUUCCUAAUGGAUCCUCCCAAAGUAAAAUGCACUCCAUGUCCUGUUUUGAUGUUCCUUUGACAGUAAGUUCUCUGUAAUAAUAUGAUGACUUUCACCUGUGGUUUGUCUUGUCCCCUGUUUGGUUAUUUAAAUUUGUAAAUUUGUACGUGCACGACUACUACCGUGUUGUCAUGCAUGCCAAGGGCAUGGUUACCAUUAUGUCCUCACUCUUUGCACUUCCAUCGGAAGAAUUUGCCAUUUUUCUUCUCAUAUGAUCAGCAUGACUUGGUAAUUUAA